UGCGUUAUUGUAAUCAUGAAGAGCACCGGUCACAUUGUCAUCCUCCUGCUGGCGGCGGUCGCGCUGACUUCCGCCGAGAUCCUCAACAAGGAAUGGUGGAGGUCGACGGUCUUCUACCAAAUAUACCCUAGGAGCUUCAUGGACUCUGAUGGCGAUGGAGUGGGGGAUCUGAAAGGCAUAACGAGUAAGCUGGACCACAUCAAGGACGCUGGAGUAGGAGCCAUCUGGCUGUCGCCGAUCUAUAAGAGCCCCAUGGUUGAUUUCGGAUACGACAUAGAAGAUUUCCGUAAUGUUGACAAAACUUUUGGCACGUUGGACGACUUGAAGGCACUUAUAGCCCGCGCUAAAGAACUCGCCUUAAAGGUUGUCCUGGAUCUCGUCCCUAAUCAUACUUCCGACAAACACGAGUGGUUCCUAAAGAGCUUAAAUAAAACGAGCAAGUACGCCGAUUAUUACAUGUGGCGCGAUGGCAAAAACGGAAGUACUAGCUUGCCACCAAACAACUGGUUAAGUGUAUUCAAUGGAACAGGUUGGACGUUCAACGAAGUGCGAAACCAAUGGUACUUUCACCAAUUCUACCGGGAGCAACCCGAUUUGAAUUACACCAAUCCCGACGUGCAGGAAGAGAUGAAGGAUGUAAUGAAGUAUUGGUUGGACAUGGGGAUAGACGGUUUCCGUAUCGACGCUGUGCCGCAUAUGUUCGAGAGUAACAUAGACAAAGACGAGCCUCCGAGUACUUUAAGCAAGAAUUCAUCCGAGUAUAUUUAUUUGAGUCACAUCUAUACGAAGGAUCAACCUCAAACGUACGAUCUGAUACAAAACUGGCGGGAAUUCGUGGACAAGUACGCCGACGACCGCAACCAGGAUGAAAAGGUGAUACUGACAGAGGCAUACACCAGUUGGGAAAACACAAUCAAGUAUUACAGAUAUGGCUCGAACGUUCCAUUCAACUUUAAAUUCAUAACGGACGCGAACAGCAACUCCACUGCCGCUGACUUCAAGAAGAUCAUAGAUCACUGGAGAGGUUCCACCCCCUCUGGCUUCGCCCCCAAUUGGGUGAUGGGAAACCACGAUCGCGCUCGUAUCGGUACUCGUUACCCUGGAAGGACGGAUCAGAUGACGAUGUUGGCGAUGAUUUUGCCCGGAGUGGCGGUGACUUACUACGGAGAGGAAAUCGGGAUGGUGGACAACAGCACCCUGAAAGUAUACGAUUUUCGCGAUGGCUGCCGCACCCCGAUGCAAUGGAACGACAAUGCACAAGCAGGCUUCAGUACAAACGCAACAACAUGGCUUCCCGUUAACACCAAUUAUCGUGAGCUGAACUUGGAAAAGGAGAAGAAGGAUCCCAACUCCCAUUACAAUCUCUACAAGAGUUUGACGAGUCUACGAAAAUCGUCGGUUGCGCUCAAAUACGGUAAUACCAGGGCGUUCGUCGUGGACAAUGACGUGUUGGCUGUCGUUCGAAGCACCAGCGACGAAGUGGUUGCGCUUUUGAUAAACUUCUCCAAUGACAAGAGCACCACGGUUGAUGUGGCGAAUUUGACCAAUUGGAAAGGAACAUCGAUCAAAGCCAGCAGCGUGAACUCCGAAGUGAAGUUGAACAACGGUGUAAACGUAAAGGCAGUCCAGAUACCCGCAAAAGCAUCCAUCAUUUUGAUGUCGGGUGCGGCGAUUAUUUCAAGUUUCUCAGUCGUGUCCCUUCUCUUUGUAGCGUUCGCCGCGCUUCUGCGGUCGUAGAACGUCGAAUAAUCCGUCGAUUUCGUGUUGGAAUAAUUCGAAACGUACCUAGAUGAAAGUGCAUCGACAGAAAUUGACGUUGAACUCUCGAUGAUCCAUCGUGCACGAGUUAGAGAAAAAUCGCGAGAUCGCGAAACGUAAAAUAAACAAACCGUGAUUGAUCGAUGUCGUCGAUAAACGCCGAAGAAAAAUUUCUUUUUCAUCAAUAAGGAGAAAUCUGAUACGAUACGAUACGGUACGGUAGUUAUUUAUUGUAAAGCGGUGUUUAUUACCAAGAUAAUAAAUUAUUAUGUAGAAGAUACGCAUGCACUUGAGUCCACGUUGCGCUUAUCCUUGACUUUGAUAACGGCAGUGAUUUGGAAUCGGCGUUUGCACGUUCGUUAAAUUGAUACAACAAUAUUGUUUGCUUGAUAAAUGCAACAGUGGUUUGCACGUGUAUCGGUGGUAUGAUGAUGAUAACUAGGCUGCAGAUGUUCGUGCAUUUAUGGCAAAUAGCGGGGAGAUCCACGAGAAUGUGCACUAAAUGGUAUAACUUGUUUAUUAUCGUUGACGUUUUAUAUAAGACAUACUUUCAACUUUUUUCUGUGUCAGUUUCAAAUACGAAUUUGCGUAAACAUCCACAGUUUAAUAAUAAGUUAUAUGAAUUAAAUAGAAGUGUGCAUGUUAAUAGUUCGAAAAAGUAUUAAUAAAAAUAAUAUUUAUUUAAUAAA